AUGAAUGAGUCAUUUGUCUUUCUUCUGUGUGUCUCUCAGAUUACUGAGAUGGGGAAGGAUUCCCUCCCUGCCUGGCUGCACUGGGACGCCAGCAGCAGAAUCCUGCAGGGUCUUCCUUUGGAGGAGGACAAAGGCGUCCAUUACAUCUCCGCAUCCAUCUCCAACCACACAAAGUCCUCUUCUUCAGAGGUGUUUUCCAUCGAGGUUCAUCCUGAAGAUCAUCUGGAUGCAGACGCAGCCCAGCUGUCAUCCAACCAGGCCACUGCUGAGGACGACGUCCAGCCGUUCAUGUGUGGAAACGAGGAACCGGUCACGGUGCUGACGGUGAUCCUGGACGCAGAUUUAACCAAAAUGAGCUCAGAGCAGAGGGUGGAGCUGCUGGAUAAGAUGAGGAGCUUCUCUGGGGUGGGGCUCCAGCACAUGAAGAUACUCCCCGUGGUCAACAACAGGCUGUUUGACAUGUCUGCGUUCAUGGCUGGGCCAGGGAAUGCUAAAAAGGUGGUGGAGAAUGGAGCUCUGUUGUCGUGGAAACUCGGAUGCUCAUUGGACCAGAGCACAGUCCCAAACAUCAACAGUGUCCAGGGUCCAGCAAAGGAAGGCACCAUGUCGGCCAAGCUGGGCUACCCCGUGGUGGGGUGGCACAUUGCCAACAAGAAGCCUCAUGUCCCGAAGAGAGUGAGACGACAAUUAAACAACACUCCCACACCUGUUCUGGCUGUGCUUCCCCCUACGACUGUGGUGGAGCCUCCAGUGAGGAUCAUCCCGACCCUCUCCUCCCCCUCUAUCGCCGCACCAACUGAAAGCUCAGCCCCCCCUGUAAGAGGCCCUGUUCCCCUUCCAGGCAAGCCUACCAUCAGAGUCCGUGACCCCAUCGCCCACACACCAACCUUGGGACCUCCUCAACCAACAAGGGUGAUGGAGACUACCAGCACGAUUCCCAUCCAGCCAACCAUGACCAGGCCCACGUAUGUGGAAGCGACAGCCACACUGCCCACAACUACCAAAAGACCUACCAAGAAACCCAAGAGGCCUAAAUCCACACCGGUGCCCAGAGAGUCAAAGACCUCUACAGCAAAGCCGGCCGCACGCACCACCCCAUCACCAGGUGUUAUCGUGGAUCCAUCCAAUCACAAGCCAAGCCUGAAAAACCCCCUCGACCAGGUCAAUGCAUUGGUGGGCACCUAUUUUGAGGUUAAGAUCCCGCUGGAUACAUUCUUUGAUUAUGAGGACGGCACAACCGACAAGCUGCGUCUCACCUUGAGACAGAACCACAAUGAAGUGGUUGGCGAAGGUUCCUGGAUCCAGUUCAACACCACCAGCCAACUUCUGUACGGCCUGCCUGACGUCCAACAUGUCGGGAAACACGAGUACUUCAUAUAUGCAACUGACAAAGGAGGCCUGAAUGCAAUCGAUGCUUUUGAGGUCCGUGUAAACCGCUGGCCCGUCAAUGACAAGACCCCGGUGAUCUUCACAGCCCGAUUCGAUGGAGCGCCACAUUCAGUAACGCACGACAUCCACAAGAAAAUCCUUCUGGUCAAGAAGCUGGCGUAUGCCCUUGGGGACCGCAAUAGCAGUACAGUGAGUCUGCUGAAUAUCAGCAAAGGGUCCAUUGUAGUGGAGUGGACAAACACCAGCCUCCCGCAGCAUCCGUGUCCAAGGGAACAGCUCCUGCUCAUGAGCAGAACACUCGCUAAUAGUGACGGAAGGCCCUCGCAGACCUUCAGGUACGCUAUGGAGCCUGAGUUUAGACCUCUGGAUGUCAAGGUCAAAGGAAGAGCAAGCUGCAGAAAGUACUCCUUUGUCCCACCAGGGGAGAUCGAUAUACCAGAACCUCCAGCUGUCACCCCAGCUCUGGGAACAGGCCGUCAGAGCACAGACGACGUCUAUCUCCACACAGUCAUUCCUGCUGUGGUGGUUGCAGCAAUCCUGCUCAUAGCAGGAAUCAUUGCAAUGAUCUGCUACAGGAAGAAGCGAAAGGGCAAGCUGACCAUCGAAGACCAGGCCACCUUCAUCAAAAAAGGUGUUCCCAUUAUCUUUGCGGACGAACUCGAUGACUCUAAGCCGCCUCCAUCUUCCAGUAUGCCCCUGAUUCUGCAGGAAGAGAAACCCCCACUUCCACCUCCCGAGUACCCCAACAUGGCCACACCAGAGACCACUCCUCUCAACCAGGAACUGCUGGGGGAGUACACCGCUCUGCAGGAUGAAGACCCCAACGCCCCUCCCUACCAGCCACCACCUCCCUUCUCCACUCCCAUGGAGGGCAAGGGUUCCCGUCCCAAGAACAUGACUCCCUACAGAUCACCACCUCCCUACGUGCCGCCCUAAGACUAGUUCAACCCUCCCCUCGUAGGGCGGAGGGAGAGGAUGCCUGAGGAACUGCGACGGUUUCCAUUCUGGUGUCUGUCUGGACAUUUACAGGGAGAGAUGACAAGAGGUGCUAAAGUACAAAACAGCUACAAGGGAUUAAGGUUUGGGAGGGGGAGUGAUGAGUGGGGUGGGGUUUUACAGUGGACACAUGGGAUGAUCAGUUGAAACAGCUGGGAGCGACUACUGUUUCAGUGCUCGCCCAGCUACUACAGUGGCCUAAGACAAACAAAUUCUCGUCAGCACUGGCUUUCGGGUCGACCAGUUGGUCAGAAGCGACAAUUGGGAGACGUGCGCUCCCUUCCCAGCAGCAUUUUACUUUUUCUUCUGUUGAUCUGGAUACUUGCUUUUAUUUUAAAAUUUUAGUUUUCAUCUUUAGCCCGAGAUUAUCACUUUUCUUUUUUGGGGGGGCUGAAUCAUUUGCCUAACAACUCUUUUGUCUUGCUUUGAAAUAAUACGAGGAGACAGUGGACUGCCAUCAGAUCGCUGCAGGCAACAACUCGUACGGAGACUGAGAUUCUCUGAGUACGGAAAAGAAAAAGCAAAGAGUCUCAAGUCCUCCGGCAGACGACACAAGAGGACGGGAGGCCGCGGAGUGUGUGCACGUUUGAAUGAGUGGGUGUGUUUAUUCAGAUUCAGUACGGUUUGCCUUUUAACACUAGUUGUCUAUUUCUAUCCUUAUUCACGAUGUCUAGUAAAGAUGAGAAUAACAUGGUAGCCUAAAAAAGAUUUAGAGAUAAAUAAUAAUUUCUUUGUUUCAUUGGUUUUUAAAAUUCACUGUAUAUCUGCAGGAUGUCCUGAUAGCUUGUGUUAUAUUUUGUUGGGUGGUGGAGGAAAGAGAGAAGAAAGGGAUCGCUCACUGAAAUAACCUGCGGGAGCUUUUUUAUUCCUGUUCAUUGCAACAAUAAUAAGACAAUCGAUAAUUACAGACCUUUUUAAUGAUAAAUCAAGAAUUUAAUGGUAAAUCAGGAUUUAAAUGUAAAAAUGUAUCUCAUCUAAUUUGACCUUAAUUUGGUGACUUGACGUGAACACAGGGAACAAGAGCUCCACAGUUUAUUUUGGUCCAGCGUUGAUUAUUUUUUUAUACAAGUCUGAGGAGAAAGAUUUUGUGCCAUGGAGACCGUCCCGGACGGGAUUGUACAGAUACUCACAUUUUAAAGGUCACAGAGGAGACGAGAGUUGAGACGGAGGCAGAAAGAAAGAACCGUAAAUUUCUAGAAAUUAGCGAUCAGAGAAAAUCUCCCUCUAAUUUUCUUAAUUUUAAUUUUUUACAAAGUUUUUGAUACAGCCUCAAAUUGUUUGAUUAUUAAACGAAAAGCGGAUUAAUGAUUAGUCUUCUGUGAUUUGUAAAAUCUUAGACUUGAACUAUGAUUCAGUUAUGUACACUUUAUUUUGGUCAUGGGUCACAGAAUUCAAGUGUUUUAUUUUAUCGUGUGUGUUUGCAUAUCGAAAUGUAUCUCCCAUUAUCCACCGAAGGAAUGACCCAUAUUUUAUGUAAUCACAAAUUUUAUUUUUAUGUCCUUAAGUUUGCUGAUGAGUAUCAACUGAAAGUGACCCUUUGCAAUAAUAAUGUAAGUCGGCUCAGCGACUGGUCGAUGCCAGUGACUCGUCAUAAUAUUGUUGGUUUUUGCAGGAUGCCAAGGCUUUUGCUUUUCAAGUGUGCAUUGUCAUAAUAAAACCAACUGGUACGAUAAAAACACUG